AUGGCAGAUGACUGGCAGAAAGGCGACCAAACACUUGCUGGCAGAUAUUAUCAGGAGAAUGCAUUCAAAGCAACCACCCAAUGGAAUAUUGAGCCAUCGCCAUGGCGCAGCGAGAAAAUGUUAUGCGCCUUGCGCCAGCUCCCUCAUCAUAGUUACAAGUUACAGAGACUUACCCUGCUUAGUUCCUGUCUUCUCGAUAAAGAUAAGGGCGCCAGACCAGAUAUCAAUUAUACCAACGACAGAGUUCCUGCCAUUCCGCCAUUUUCCCCAGGCCCAAUCCAUUAUCCUCAUCCAGGCAGGGCAUGCGGCGGAGCACCAAGAGCUUCCACGAGGAGGGCAAACAAAAAUUUCAAGCGAUGA